CGUUGCCCCGGGCAACGGUCCGGCGGAGCCCGCGAUUGGACCUACGGACCCGCAGGGGGCAGUCUCGCGCCGGUCUCACUCAGUGGCUGCGAGCGGAGUCACAAUUCCUCAUUCUGGCGUUCAAGGACCCCCCCUCCUCCCCGCCCCUCGGUCACGCCCCGCCCAGGGUUUGUGUCCUGUAGUACCAUCGCCGUUUGGGAUGACAAUGCUGCAUCCAGGCUCCCAGUUUCGAUCGGCCGCGCCUCAAGUGACACCUCAAGAUGAGCGAGGUCGACCCUUUAAGGGUGGAGAGAGAUAAGACCCCACACAUAAGAGUGAAAGUUGACAAAGACCGGCAGAUGGUGGUAUUGGAGGAGGAAUUCCAGAAUGUUUCCCCAGAGGAACUUAAGUUGGAGUUGCCAGAGAGACAGCCCAGGUUUGUGGUCUACAGCUACAAGUAUGUGCACGAUGAUGGAAGGGUGUCCUACCCUUUGUGCUUCAUUUUCUCCAGCCCCGUGGGCUGCAAGCCUGAACAACAGAUGAUGUACGCGGGAAGUAAAAACAGGCUGGUGCAGACCGCGGAGCUUACAAAGGUGUUUGAAAUCCGCACCACAGACGACCUCACCGAGACCUGGCUUAAGGAAAAGUUAGCUUUCUUUCGUUGACCUUUGAGCCAGGGAUUUGGAAUCCUUACUUCUGAAGACUCAGACUGAUAGGAUAUGAACAUCCAAGAGCUAAAUAAAGGUUAAAAUUUCAGGAA